GCCUGGGUGGGUUUUAUGAAUGUGGGCGUGGCCUGGGUGGGUGUGGUCACCUUGGCCCCGCCCCCAGGGCACCGGAAGCGCUCGGGGGCGUGGCUGGACCGCGAGGGGCGCCGCGUGGCUCCCGGGGACGCCGUUCUGGUGGCCGGACAGCGGCAGGGACGGGCGCGGUUCUACGGACGCACCGACUUCGCACCCGGUUACUGGUUCGGGGUGGAGUUGGACACGGCGGGAGGGAAACACGACGGCUCCGUUUUUGGGGUGCGCUACUUCAGCUGCCCCCCCAAACACGGGGUCUUUGCACCCCCCUCCAGGGUCCAGAGGUAUUUUGGGGGAAAAUUGGGAGAUUUUGGGAAAAUUGGGAAAAAAUUGGGAAAAAAUCGGGUGAAAAUUGGGCGAAAAACGGCGAAAAAAUGUGGGGAAAGUUAG